UUCGUCCAUAGCUAUUCUGUUCUGCCCUCGGCCGUCGUAAGAUGUUCGCGACAAAGCAAGAGGGUUGACCGCAACUUGUAAUAAACACGGCAAUUUUUUUUUUUACUUAUCUGUAAUACUUAUUCCCACAAGGAGUUUGGAAGCCGAGAGUCACCCGAAGCAUCGAAAGCAACGGGCCUGAGUUCACAAUGACCAACGAGGAACCUCUACCCAAGAAGGUUCGCCUUAGUGAAUCGGAUUUGAAGAACCUAAACAGAGAGGAACUGUGUGCAAAGUGGAAGCAACAUGAAACAUACGUACAGGUCCUAGAGGCAAAAUAUGCAGAGCUGUGUUCUAACGAUGUUCCAGGACUGAAGGAGUCGGAGGAGAAGCUCAAGCAGCAGCAGCAGGAGUCUGCGCGCCGGGAGAACAUUCUGGUCAUGCGACUUGCCACCAAGGAGCAGGAAAUGCAAGAGUGUACAACCCAGAUCCAGUACCUGAAGCAAGUCCAGCAGCCGAGCGUGGCCCAGCUGCGGUCGUCCAUGGUGGAUCCAGCCAUCAACUUGUUUUUCCUCAAAAUGAAGGCUGAACUGGAACAGACUAAAGACAAACUGGAGCAGGCCCAAAAUGAACUGAGUGCCUGGAAAUUUACACCUGAUAGCCAAACGGGGAAGAAGCUGAUGGCCAAAUGUCGCAUGCUGAUUCAGGAGAACCAGGAGUUAGGACGGCAGCUAUCACAGGGACGCAUCGCCCAGCUGGAGGCGGAGCUCGCCCUGCAGAAGAAGUACAGCGAGGAGCUGAAGAGCAGUCAGGAUGAGCUUAAUGACUUUAUUAUCCAGCUAGACGAGGAGGUAGAGGGGAUGCAGAGCACCAUCAUGGUCCUGCAGCAGCAGCUGAAGGAGUCCCGUCAGCUGCUCUCUCAGUCUCAGGGGGCUUUGGCCGGAGCCGGACCCAGUAGGACUUCCCCUGCUGCUUCCAGCUCCUCUGCUGAACCGUUCGCCCAGCCAGAGCAGGCCAGUGCUCCCUCUGAGCCAAUCAGCAAAGACUACAGGGUCUCCAAUGGUCCAAGCAACGGCAACUCGUCCCAGAGGAGCGAGACCACCACGCCCACACUGUACCGAGAGGUCAGCAGUGCCGAGGAAGACUUUCCAAUGUCCCCCGUCGUCUCGAGCCCCAGUGAAGCUGAGACCAAACUCUCCAACCACUCCGAGGAGGCCCCAGGUGGUCAGACUGCGUCAGGGAGAGGUGGAGGACCUGGGGCUUUCGGGAGCCGGCUGAGCGUUGGCUACGACAGCGUGGACUCUCCGACAGGCAGCGAGACCUCAUUGACUCAGCACUCGAAUGACACAGACUCCACCACCGACCCGCACGARGACAAGGCUGCCCAGGUCACCAAGGGCACCAGGACUGCAGGGUCACGUCACGCUCACAACGGCCUGGACUCGAACACGAGCGACGGUGCAGCUUUGUAAUGUACUUUAAAAUGUACUGUAUUUUUUUUAUAAAUAUAUAAAGUACACAAGGCAGCAAAUGCUUAGUCUGUAAUACAACACCCUCGUCCCUUUGCCUAUUGUGAUGCCUUUGUCACAUUUGUGUUGCUUAAUGAGGAUAUAAACAGUAAGGGUUCAUGCUAAAUUUUGAAUUGUGUGGAUUUAAAACUAGUUUGUUUCACUCUGUUCUUUUGAGCACAUCCAUGUUUGAGCUCUUCACUCUGAAAUUAAACAUCUGGUGUUGUAAUCCAAGUCAGUGAAAUCACUAAAUUACAGUAGCUUCAUAAUAUUCAAUUAGGUCAUUUUUAGAUGUUGGCCUGUGGUUUUUUUUUUCCUCUUAUUUUUAAGUACAGUUUUUAUUUUUCAUUGGCAUAAAUUCUGUUUGGAAAGUUCUGUUGAAAUGUGAGUAGUUCAUAUGUGACGUUCAUAUUAUACUGACUUCAGCCCUUUUCAUGUACUGACCAAAUACCAAUAAAAACAUUUUUAAUACUA